AUGGGUGGCAAGAAAGCCGGAGGUGCAAUAUGCUUGGUGGACGUCUGGCUAACAUCACAGAGCAGAAUCACGGCCACUCCACGUGGGCUUUGUAGUGGACAAAGCGACUUCGCGGAAGGUUUUCUUGGGGUUCUCCCAUUUCCUCUUCCUUCCACUCCACUGUUCCGUCCAUUUCCUCCUCAACAACACCAUCUAUAUUCAUUUCCAGCGCCGAGAAACACACAUUACGAGAAAAAAAGCAAGAGCAGAGGCCCGUCUGGCAGCAGCAGAAAAUUAUCUGCCCCGCAUCUCCAACCCGAGGCUCUCGUUCGCCGAGACGCUCGCGCGCCGCCUGCCCUCGCGCACGUGACCCACCACGAGGCAGCGCCCUGGGGAGGGGGGAAAUCGACGCCUGGGGCAACCACCCCUCAGACCCUGGCAGGGGGAGGGGGAGGAAGAACAAGGAGAGGAAACGUCAUGAAGACCCAACGCGAGCUGAAACUCAAGAGGGGAAGCGGGAAAAGAAGAAUGGCAGGCAAGGAAAUGAUCGGAGAGGAUUUAGAUGAAGGAAAAGAAGGUAAAGAAAGAGUACGAUAG